AUGAUUUUCAAUGCUGCCAGCUUAGCCUUCUUUGAUAUGAUCGCUUGCGUCCAGGCACAUUUUGUCUCCGACGCAGCCCAGCAGUCACCCAAAGCCCCUUUUUUUAUUUUAGCAGGGGAUAGUACCACUGCCAUCCAGUCUUCGAAUGGUGGAGGGUGGGGAGACGGGUUCCUCAAUACGACACUAUUCCAAGGGGCAACUGGGACAAAUUUCGGUCACAACGGGGCAACCACAGUCAGUUUUCGCGCUGGAGGUGAUUGGGAAAAUGUCUUGGAGACCGUGAGGCAAGUCCAAGACGAGUACAUGCCCUUCGUCACUAUUCAAUUUGGCCAUAACGAUCAAAAGUCAGAUGUAAACAUCUCGCUAUCACAAUACACAGAGAAUCUUGAAACAUUUGUGACCGAGGUUUUCAAUGCUGGAGCCACACCAAUCCUAGUCACGCCGUUGUCACGACGGAACUAUGACGAUUCUACGGAAAACCCAGUCAUAAUCACGAGUCUGGCCAACGAGACCGCAGCUACUAUCUCAGCCGCCCAUCACUUAGACUCUAAGUACAUCGAUUUAAAUCAAGCCAGCAUCAAGUAUCUGAAUGCAAUUGGACCCAAAAAUUCCUAUACAUACAAUCUGAACGCGGUCGACUACACUCAUUUAAACGUGGCGGGAAGCAUUGUGUUUGGUGGAAUGGUUGCUGAACUGAUUGCGCAAGACUUGCCAUAUCUGAAAAGGAAUGGAUACCUUCGGAUAAGCGAACAGCUGAAGAAGGAUGUUGAUCGUGGGAUGUACUACUACCCUUGA